AUGCUAUCCGAUUCGGCAAUACGGUUUCAACAAGAAAAGGGCUUUAACCAAGUGGCUCCCUCCAAUAACGUCUCUGGUCCGUUAUACAGCACUGCAGGGAGAACUGAUCUGGCACCAAGUGAUACAGGUUGUUGUGCAUCCGUGUUAUCUGACGCAGCCACGGGAUGCGACCGAAAGGCAGAUGCAAAUUGGGCGAGGCUGCACAAUGAACAUCAAAAGCAAUUACAAAUGACUGGCGAGUAUAGGAAACACGAGGCAUUAAGCGUGGCAGGUAAAGCGCCGAUGCUGUCGGUCUCUGCCGAGGAUCUACUGGCACAAUCCAGGGGACGGAUUGGGGAGAGGAACAGCAUUCCUGAAUCUUUAUUCCAGGAGAUGCUUCCCUGCAUGGACGACCCUUCUAGGAAUUCGGGAGCCAAUGUAGGGCAGUACCAUCUAGAAGGGGAACGCCUUUUACCUUCCACAGGGUCUGACUACCCGGUGGCAAGCCAGCCUGCUUCCUUGGGUCUCGUUUUACAGGAAGCCACUGGCUCACAUGAGAACGAACUAAACUUGCAGAACGAACAGAAUAUCCCAGAUGGUGUCCUAGGGUCAGAAUGUAGUUGGCUGAGGAAUCCCGAGGACCACCCUUUUGUCCGCCUUCCAAUUCUGCAGAAGGAUGUUGUUCCCAGAACUUUCAAAGUAGAAGAAGCGUUUGCAUCGAAGCUUCUUCAGAAUAGCCCAAUGAGCAUGUACCUUACAAUGCGAGAGCUAUUCUCAAAGCAGUCAUUGAAUGCAAGAGACGCGCAAAACCUAGUGUUCACCUGCGAGCGUCUUGUUAACUAUGGAAUUCACCGGCUUACGACUCCUCUGCCUAGAUACACUCCUUUCCUUAUCUCUAGGAGAUUGGCGAAUCUCCUCAUGAUGUUUGAUUACGUGGUAUGUACGGCCCAUAUUAUUGGCCCGAAAAUGGGGAUUGAGCGAUGGUGGCAACAGUUCGUCAACCUUUUCCGAAUGGAUCGCAGUUUGCUUUCACCACCUCGUGUGGGGAGGUUAGGAUCCGAUCUGUUGGUGCGCAUAACUUAUCGUCUGAUUGAUGCUCUGGAAAUCUAUAGGACUGGGGGACGCCCGUCUGCUCUGGAAAUAAUCCAGUUGAAGCGUUUGAUUUUGUGUCACUUGAGAGCACAUAGCCAGUUUGAACACCCGCACUGGGUUCGUUGGGUCGAAGACGACGAAGAAUUUUUGCAGAAACGUCGGGAGUCCUCCUCGUGA